AUGGCCAGGCGAGCUGGGCUAAUAACGAUACAACUCGUUACCAUACUUUAUCUUCUCGUAAACGGCUGCGUUAUUCUGGCAUUGCCCAAUGCAACAGAGGAGGAGGAGGCUUGUUCGAAACCCUGUAUCAACAUCACUGUGGUGGCCUCACCAGGUCAGAAGGGAGAUAUGGGACUAAGAGGGGAGCCCGGACCUAUAGGGCAUAUUGGCUUGAAGGGAGAGAAGGGCGACCGCGGCAUCACGGGACUGGUGGGUCCUACCGGCAUCCCAGGUGAUGAAGGGAAGCCAGGUGUAGUCGGCCCUCCAGGUGAGAGGGGACAGCAAGGAGCGAAAGGUGUACAUGGACCACCUGGUCGAAAAGGUGCUCCAGGUGUUCCAGGUGAGCCAGGUGUGAGGGGGUUUCCCGGAGCAAAGGGCCCGCCAGGUGAGAAAGGGGCUCCGGGAUGGAUGGGACUUCCGGGUAGACCUGGCGUGAAUGGAAGCAAAGGUGACCCUGGACAGACAGGUGCGCAGGGAGAGGCAGGUGUGCAGGGCCCGCCAGGUGUGGGCUCACCUGGAGUGAAGGGAGAGAAGGGAGAACCCGGGGAAACAGUAGACGGCAACGGAACGUCAUCUCUUCGUACACCUGGGCCACCUGGCUCGAGAGGACCACCUGGAGAAAAGGGAGAAGAAGGCACACCUGGAGCAAACGGCACGCGUGGGCCACCUGGCAUCCCGGGCCCACCAGGGGCGGGCGUGCCUGGGCAGAAGGGCGAAAAGGGCGACGAGGGGAAGAACGGCUCCACAGGGGUACCCGGAGAAAAGGGCGAGAAAGGAGGGCAAGGCGAGACCGGUCUUCCCGGGUUACCCGGCCAGACGGGUGCGGCAGGGGAGAAGGGGGAGAAAGGUGAGCCUGCCAGGGCUCCAGCAGCUAUGAUGCGCGGUCUGCCGGGCGAGAGCGGCUUACUUGGAGAGAAAGGACAGAAGGGCGAUCCCGGCACACCGGGCCCGCCUGGUGAAGCAGCUUACACAACAGUGAGUGGAACGUCGUACCUUCUGCGGGGCCCACCCGGGUCUAGGGGGGCGCUAGGAGACAAGGGGGAGAAGGGCGACAGGGGGGUGUCUGGUGAAAGGGGAUUCGAGGGCGGACAGGGAACACCUGGUUAUCCGGGCCCACCUGGUCCUGAAGGUAUGCCAGGUAUGAAGGGAAUGAAAGGUGACCCGGGAAAACCAGGUAAAACAGGUGCACCAGGUGGAUAUGGCCAACCGGGUGGUCCAGGAAAAACGGGUUUCAAAGGUGACAAGGGUGAACCUGGGACGCCGGGAGAGCCUUGCAGCUGUGGCGGCGUGUUGAGCCUGCAGAACCGGCUGGCGGAUCUGCCGUUCGUGGCGUUCUCCGCCGCCCUGUCCAGCCGGAUCCUCAACGUCCUGGAGCACACGGUCGUGAAGUUCAACAUCGUCCACACCAACGUGGGGAGGGCGUACGACAUGGUGACGGGGAAGUUCGCGCCCGCCGUCGCGGGGUACUACAUGUUCACGUACACCGGCAUGACCACCAGCGUGAAGGGGUCCGCCUACUGGAGCCGGCUGAUGCUGAACGGGGAACCCGUCAUCAGCCUGUACGACAAGUCGCUGGGGGAACACCUCUCCAGCAGUAACAGCGCCAUCCUGCUGCUGAAGCCUGGGGACGAGGUUUGGGUGGAGCUGGACGCGCGGUCCUCCAUGUGGGGAGACUACACGGGUUACGUCACGUUCUCAGGGUACCUCAUACACCAUGCGUAAAAGCGUGGAACCGUCAAUGCCCAUGUCACACACGUAGCCGAAU